AGUCAGGGGGCGGGGUUACCGUUGGUUUGGAUGUGAUGAGAGGCGGCAAAGAGUUGCCUAUCGGCGGGUGACAGCUGAUCUGACCCGGGACAGGAUAACCGAUACCUGUUACAGCGCGCAGCUCCUCGCACCCGUUAUACUCUGUCUGUGGAUAUCCCGAACCGACAUGGGCCAUAAAUCAGACCAGCUGCUCAUUGUGGUCUCCAUCCUGGAGGGACGACAUUUUCCAAAGCGCUCCAGACACAUGCUUGUUGUGGAAACAAAGUUUGACGGUGAGCAGCUAUCAACAGAUCCUGUACCACACUUAAAUCAGCCACAGUUUGCUACAGAGCUCGCUUGGGAGCUAGACAGAAAAGCGCUUCAUCAACAUAGACUUCAACGAACUCCCAUCAAACUCCAGUGCUACGCCCUGGAUACAUUGACUUCUGCUAAAGAGUCUGUUGGCUAUGUGAUACUAGACUUAAGAGCUGCUCAAGAGACAAAACAAGCACCAAAAUGGCAUUCUUUAUUAAGCAGUAAAUAUACAAAAUUGAAACCUGAAAUACAACUCUGUGUUACUUUGGAAGCAGACACCAAACCGGCUGUGGAGGGAUUUAAAGCAAAGGAAGCUCCUCCAAGAAGCAUUAAAUUGCCCAGAGAUAUGUCUGGUAUAGAUCCAAAGAGUCUUGUUGCUAUUCUGAAUGAAACAGAGGGAUAUCAUCAGGUUGGACCAGCUGACUACUGUAGGGACUACUUUGUACUUUCUGUAACAGUGGCUUUUGCGACACAGUUAGAACAGUUAAUUCCAAGUAAUUUAAGGCUUCCAGAACCACAACCAGAUUUUUUCUUCUAUUACUCUUUGUUGGGAAAUGACGUAACAAAUGAACCAUUCACUGAUUUAAUCAAUCCAAACUUUGAGCCUGAGAGAGCAUCUGUUAGAAUACGGAGCAGUUUAGAAGUGCUUACCAUGUAUCUCUCUGUUCAGCCUAAUCUUCAGAUACAUCUUUGUUGCGGUGAUCAGUCUCUUGGAAGUACAGAUAUAUCUUUAACUGGAUUGCUGAAGAGAGCCAGCACAGAAAUAGAGCACCACCCAGUGGUUAUUGAAGGUGCUUUCAUUCUCAAGCCACCUAAUCGUGCAAAACAAAACCUGCCAUCCAUGCAAGUAGAAAUUUCACCUACCAUUGGAGUCUCAGUCGCUCUCCAGAAGGAAGUUCUACAGCAGACUGUACAUGAGCAGAAAGACGAUAUUGAAAAAAAUGGUACGGAAAAGAUUGUAUCGACCGCACCUCCAAAGUCUCCAGUUUCAAAUGAAGGUCCAAGUGUCUUCCCAGCUAAACCUGCACUGUUUAGUGAUUCUCCACCAACAAAAGACAAUGCCACAGAAAGUGAAAUUGAAAGUUUAAAAUCAGAUCAAGACUUGCAGGAGGCGCUUGCAUCUUCUAAACAAGUCACUUCAAAGUCUCCAGUACCAUCCGAUUGCCUUGCUUCAGGUGACCAUAGUCAACGUCCUGCUACUCGGACAAACUCACAGCUUUCUAGGUCUGCUUCUGAGUCUACUUCAGGACAGAAAAUCGCAGUACCACCGGCAGCACAUCACUUCUGUUUCUCAAUAGACUUGAGAAGUAUCCUCAACACUGAUGUCUCCUUUCCUAUUAACUGCAUGCUGAGGUACUCUUACCCAUUUUUUGGCAGUGCAGCACCCAUCAUGACUAACCCUCCAGUGGAAGUCCGGAAGAACAUGCAGGUUUUUCUCCCUCAAUCUUACUGCGCAUUUGAUUUUGCUGCUUUGCCCAAUCAACUUCAGGAUACCUUUUCCAGCUUACCAUUGCUGGUUGAAGUGUGGCACAAGGAUAAAAUGGCAAAAGACAUUCUGCUGGGAGUAGUGAGGCUUCAACUUUCAAAUGUUUUAACAUCCGAGAGAACAAGCUUUUUAUCACCACAUGGGGACCAAUGCUGGCGGCAAACCUUUAGUGACAUGACAUCUGUUAUAGCUUCAGAAGGAUCCAAUAAGCUGGCAGAACUUUCAUAUGUUUUAACAUUGGAAGACUACGGACUUGUAAAAGUACGAGAAGUUUUGGUGUCUGAAUAUUCACAGAGUUCAGAACCUAUCAAAGCUCCUUCAUUGCCACAACCUCCACGCACAGUGGAACCUGUUCCUGAACCUCGGGAGACUCUUGAAUACAAAGCUGCUCUAGAGUUGGAAAUGUGGAAAGAAAUGCAAGAGGAUCUUUUUAUUAACGAGUUAAAAAAUAAAGAAUUGGCCCACAUGCAAGCCCUGGCAGAGGAAUGGAAAAGGAGAGAUCGAGAAAGAGAAGGUUUAGUAAAGAAAAAGGUGGUUGAAUACACAGUUCUCGAAGAACAGUUACAGAAAGCCUUGGCAGACUUGGAGCGACGAGAAAGGCAACUUGCUAGUGAUGAAAUGGAGGUGAAGAAAUUAAAGGCAGAUCUUCAAUUGGAUGGUGAACGUGGUGUUCAAGACCGGCAAGACUCCAUUCGGCGAGUGCGAGAAGAUUGCAUGCAUCAAAUAGAGUUGGAAAGGUCAAAAGCUAGACAGUUAGAAGAGGACAAGCUUCGCUUGCAGCAGCAGCUUCAAGAAGCCGAACACAAAUUUAAAUUGCUCGACAAAGAAUUUCAGCAUUAUAAAGAGCAACAAAGCAGUAAACCAGAAAUCCGAUUACAGUCUGAAAUUAACCUCCUCACGUUGGAAAAGGUUGAACUUGAAAGAAAACUGGAGUCUGCAACAAAGUCUAAAUUGCAUUACAAGCAACAGUGGGGAAGAGCCUUAAAAGAACUCGCAAGAAUAAAACAGCGUGAGCAAGAGAAUGCCAUGGCACGACUCAAAAAACAGCAGGAGGAACUUGAACAAAUGAGACUGCGCUACUUGGCAGCUGAAGAGAAGGACGUGGUAAAGACCGAGCGCCAGGAGCUGGAGGAAAUCCGGAAUGAGCUCAACAGGCUCAGACAAUUAGAAGAAAGAAAACAGCCCAGUGCUACAAGUGACAUUGCAAGCGGUCGAAUUGAUGGCUCUGGAUCCAGACCACACGAGGACGGGUUGGAAGAUUAUUUGACCCGACUGAUAGAAGAGAGGGACACCUUAUUAAGGACUGGAGUGUACACCCAUGAAGACCAUAUCAUAAGUGAACUGGAUAGACAGAUUCGAGAGGCAAUGGCAAAAAGAAGCAUCCGAUAAGGAAUGAUUUACAAAGACAUUCUUUGUCUUAAAGCAGAUGGGCUGGACCUACAGCAGUAGUGCUCUGGUCCUAAAAGUACAAGGUCUUGUUAAAGAACUGUGUAUUCUGGGAAGUGACCUAUGCAUCAUUUUACUAAAAUAUUUUUCUAAAAAAAUAAAAUAACUUUUGGUUUUUACUGCUUGUCACUUUUCUGUGCAUGGAAAUAUAAAACACUCAUGUUUCCAUGCACUGUGUAUUUGUAACACAUUGUUUGUACACCACCACUUUAGUUCUCUUUAUUUUUAUUUAUUUUUGUGAAUA